CAAUAGCCCAAUAGAACUCAAUAGAGAAUAGCCCUACCCUUCUCCGUUUCUCAGCUUCUCCACUCUCCCGUCUCUCCGUCUUCGACGCUCUGCUUCUCCACUCUACCGCCGGAUUCCGCCCUCGGCAUACUCCGAUCACUCCCUCACGCCCUCUGCCACCAAACGGUCGGACCCAGUCAGCGACUCCGCGGCGACCGUACGGGUCUCAGCGACUGCAACUCGCCAUAUCCUCGGUUUCCUCGUCCAUUCGUCCUCAAGGAGUCAAGGUUAUAGAUGUUUAGAACUUGGAAGGUUAUUGGGGGAUUUGGGGCAAUGGUGUUUCUGAAGCAGAAUUUAGGGUUUUCCUAAGAAUUACUACUGUACAAAACUGGUUAAUUCCUGAAAAAUUAUCUCGGGUAAUAGAAUGAAGAAAGCAAUGGAGCCGGAGGUUGUUGCGACUUCAAGCAAAAUUAAAUUUGAGGACAGUGAUGAGCAUGACUCUUCCUCAGAAGAUGUAGAGGAAGAGAUAGAGAGAGAGCUUGCAGAAGUUACAUUUGAGGAGCUGCAGAAGGCCCGCUCAGAUGGGUCAGAGGUACUAUAUAGGAAGCCUACAGCAGAGACCAAGGGUGGCCGAUCUAACAAAAACAGGCCAAUGGAGAUAAGUAGUAAGAAGCCAGUUAGCAGAUUUAGAGAAGUUGUUCAAGUGCCAAAAAGGAUUGUACGUGACCCUCGAUUUGAGACAUUGUGUGGCACGCUUGAUGAGGAAGGAUUCAAGAAGAGAUAUAAAUUUCUUUAUGAAAAAGAUCUUCCAGCUGAAAAACAGGAUCUAAAGAAACAGAUGACAAGAACCAAGGACCCACAGGUCAUCGAUGAACUAAAGAAUCGCAUAGCUUGGAUUGAUAAGCAGUUGAAAUCUGCUUCGACAAAGAAUACAGAGAAAGUGAUUCUAUCUGAGCACAAGAAAAAACAGAGAGAGGCUGCAAAACAAGGGAAACAACCUUAUUAUCUUAAAAAAUCUGAAGUACGGCAGCGUAAAAUUAUUGAGAAAUACAAGGAACUCAAGGAGUCUGGAAAGCUUGAGGCAUUUAUUGAGAAAAAGAGACGGAAAAAUGCUUCCAAGGAUCACAGGUACUUGCCAUACCGCCGUUCUGAAGAAUAAGAAAAACAUCGACAUUGCUAGUUUGCUUUCCAAAUUAAUGGUGUCCUUUUAUGGGGUGGUUUAAGCUGAAAUUAAUGGCCACUUCCAUUUGCCAAGGGUUGAAGUGUUAGAUAAUGCCAUUCAACAUGAUUGAUUUUGGUUUUAUGAGUGAUAGGAUUAGAAGGCUUGAUGAUUUAUGUUCACUGCGAAUGUUUUCAUUUUUGUGCAUAGAUUCCUUGUGUGAUCACAAAAUCCUCUGUUAUUUUUAUUUUUUUUUGUUGAACAACGUAAUAUUGCAGUCUGACAAU